CAGCGGCAGCUCGUAGAGGCACUUCCGGUGGCAAUAGAAAGUACAACUUACAAGUAAAGUUAUCUGCAAUAACCCAGUGAUAAAACACAGGCAGCUGCUUUGAAAUAGUGUCAAAACACAGGUAGCUGCAUUUAAACAGUCUGGCAUCGGAGGCAGCUGUAUUUACAUAUCAGUGGCCGGUUCGGUCGACACCGGAAGUGGCUCUACGAGCUCCCGCUGCCACGAUCUGAGCUUGCCCGUACUGGAGACUUAAACAUGGAGAAGCAUGUGGGUUCACUGCAGGAACAGGCCCUGAAGAGGAAAGAGAGACUCAAAGCUCUCAGAAACAAACAGAAUCAUGGCCAGGAGCCGGAGGAAGGAGAGCCAGUGGAGAAAAAACCAUUGUUCCUCACUUCUUCAUCAGAGGAGGCUGUGGAGGAGAAACACAGAGAGCUGAAGCUGAGGAAUUACACCCCGGAGGACGAAGAGCUGAAGGAGAGACAGGUGCCAAAAGCCAAACCAGCGUCAGUGGAGGAUAAAGUUAAAGACCAGUUGGAGGCAGCUAAUCCAGAACCCAUCAUUGAAGAAGUGGAUUUGGCAAACCUCGCCCCGAGAAAACCAGACUGGGAUCUGAAACGUGAUGUGGCGAAGAAACUGGGGAGGCUGUCGAGGAGAACACAGAGAACCAUCGCUGAGCUCAUCCGGGAUCGUCUGCGAGGCAGUGAGGAUGAGUUGGCUGGAGCGGUGGGAGCAGUGGAGCUGGGACCGAUGGAGGAGGGAGACUUGGACUGAAUCCAAGAAGUUAAAAAACAAAAAGACGACCUGGUGAAUACCACAGUGAUGGUCUGACUUUACAUGGACUGCACCAUCACAUCUGGGUUGUGCUCAGAAAGAUUGCUGCUGUCAUUGCUGCCGGAGUAAACCGUUUUGUCAGGUCUUCAUCAUUGUGUUACUGCAUUUGAAUAUGGAGUAGCACAUUCGGUUUAAGUUGUACAUUGAUGUGCAUUGUUAUUGCUAUCAUCAAUAUUUUGUUGAAUUUUAUAAUAUUAAGUAAAAUGAUGUGAUUUUUCAAAUGCCUGAUUCUUAUUUUUAUGACUGUUAUACUGAUACUUGCAUAUUUGGAGUCUGCGCAGUAGCGAUGGGAUGAGGGAGCUGCAGAACGUCCCACCUGUACAUGCACUCGGUCAAUCAUGAGUCGGUCUCAGCUGUCGAUCUUGAGUUUUCAACCCCAUUUUUAUAAAAUCAAAUAACUUAAAUGAAAACAGAUUUCACUUUGAGGGAGCUGUCAUGUCGUCCAUCCUUAUAUGACCUAUGUAACAUUAUGAGAUUGUGCAUUUUGAAACAUAUUUCCCAACAAAAGACACCUUUCUUUUUAAAUACAUUGUGUUUAUUCAGAAAAUGUACUCUAAUUAUGAUGUGACCACUAUGGUAGUUACAGCAACAUUAAUGUCUUGCUACACUUGAAUCAAUUUAGUUUUGAUCCAAUGGGUGACAGAGGAACGAUGAUAACAGAUAAUAGGCUUUUUCUGAUAUGACAUUCACUAGUGAGAUCUACUGCAAGCACCUGUUAUAUACCUGGUCUGAACUGAACCACUCCUUUCACAAUAAAGUGCAUCUUCUGUCCACAUAG